AUGACUACUCCUCCCGCCGAUCCCAUAUCUUCUGCGAAUCCCCCACAGCCGCCAGUGCCGCCCCAGCCGCUGCCGCCAACUCCGACGCAGCCAACAGCGAAGCCGACCUCCUCUCACUCAAAGAAACCCCGGCAGCGCAAGCGCGCCGUCGACCAGGACGGGAAGCAGAAGAACCAGCAACAACAACCAGACCCAGCUUUGGCCCAUUCUGCACCCGUGCCUUCCUAUUCCUCCCCUCGCGGCCCCAUAUUCCAGCCGUAUCCUGGCUCCCCGUAUAUGAUGAAUCCCCCAUACCCCGUCAAUGGCUCUCCAUACGGACAACACCCCCAGCAUCCCCCGCAGCAUGGCCAGCCCAUGCCUCCAGGCCAGCCAGGCAUGUCGGGCCCCCCGCCCCAGUAUGCAUAUCCGAUGCAUCCAAACCCAUAUACGCAUGGAUAUCCCCAGUAUCCGCCGUAUCCUCACCAGCCCAUGAUGAUGUAUCCUCCUCCGCGUCCCGGCAUGCCACCUGAAACUCCCCAUGCAGAGUCUUCCGCCUCGUUGUCAGCCGCCGGAGGCAAACGCAAGCGAAAGCAAGAUGGUGGCGGACGCGGCAAGGGCGCCGAUCGCGGCUCAGACGACGAGACUGCCGCGUCGGGCAGCGAUGCCCCCCGCCAGACCGCUGCCCAGCAACAGCAGCAGCAGGCCGAGCUCAAAAAGCGUACAAAGACGCAACGCGCCUGCGAUUCGUGUCGUAGUCGCAAAAUCCGUUGUGAUGUUAUUGCUGACUCGGAGCCGCCUAUCUGUCAGCACUGCAAGCAAUAUGGCUUCGAAUGCACGUUCUUCCUUCCGAUCACGGAAACACGCUUCAAGAAAAAGAAACUUGAAGAAGAAGCCGCAGAGAAGGACAAAGCAGCCUCUGGAGCGGACGCCUCCAAAACAGGCCCUUCUCAGAAUGAUUCCCAAACGAAACGCGAUAUCGGUGUUUUCGGGCCUACCUCUCCUGCACACCUUUUGCAUUCUCAAGCUACCAUCAAUCCUCGCGUCUACGAAAACUACGACCUACGGUACCACCAUACAUUCGAGGUAACCAAGUCCGGCGAUGGCCUCAUUCAAGUCCAGAAGCCAGCAAAUAAUGACGAUCAGCAUCACAUCCACGCGAAGCAAUUGGAUCUGCACAUUGAACGCGACGUCAUCGAGACUCUAUUAAACGCAUACUUUGCUGACGUUGCACCUAUCCUGCCAAUCGUCACAGAAGCCGAAUUUCUUGCCUCGCCGAAUCCGCCGCCGGUCUUGGUAUAUUCCAUGUGCCUGGUGGCCGCGGCCAGGCGAGAAGUACCGCAGAAGGUGUUCGACUCUAUUCGAUAUGCAGUCAACAGCAUUAUCAAGGCGGAGGACGUUCUUUCAACGGCGAGCAUUGUCAAUGUGCAAGCGUUGCUCAUUUUGUGCAUGACAGGUGACUGCCAUUCUCAGUUUGUGCCCAACGCACUAUCAGCCUUGUGGAUCCGUCUGGGUACUGCUAUUCGAAUGGCCCAAGAUCUAGGUCUGCAUCGAGCAGAGUCCGUAAAAUCGAACAUUGAAUUGAGACGGCGCCUCUGGGGCGCCUGUCUCAUAUGCGAUCGAUGGGCCAGCAUUGCAUACGGGCACCCGUACAUGAUUGAUGUGCAGGAUUGCGACGCACGCCUGCCCUCUUCGGGAGAUUCUACGGACCUCUAUAUGGAUGAACUUGUGAGGUUGAGCAUCCUUCUUGGGCGUGUCCAAAAAUCUAUCUAUAGUCCCUCCGGGUUGACAUUUAUGACGGAUGAGAUUCUGUAUGAACUGCUUGCGGACAUCCAGCGAUGGAAAGAAGGUUUACCCGAACAACUCCAAUUCCGAGGACCAAACACACCUCGUCCUGCUGGUCUUUUGCAUUUGUUGUAUUGCUGCGUGUGCAUGAUGUUCUGGCGCGUCUUCAUGCGCAUCAGUUAUUCUUGUCCCGCCCACCUUAAAUUCGGACUGACGGUCGAACAGUGGACCAAUCUCGUCAAGAUGACGGCCGAAUCUAUCGAUUGGUUGGAUGCAAAUGAGCGUGUGUAUGAUGUUUGGUUGCUCGUUGCCUACGCUGCGACGUCCUGUGCCCUCGUUCAGACCGCUGAGAUCAUUGCUUUACUCUAUGAAGCCACUCGAGACCCACAAAUGCCUAUGGAAGGCGCCGCCCUCAACCCUACAGGGGGCGUCAAAGUCAGACCGCCGGUUAUGCUGGAUUACAAGAAGGACCCUACCCGCCCAGGAGGAGGAGUCUUUAUUGCCCACGGGAAAGUCGGCGAACUAAAGGAUGUUCCUGAGGGUACUAUCAUCAGCGGGUCCUCAGAGGAGGACGCUGCCGGUGACUCUGAAGGUGAGGUAGCGUCGCUAGUGGCAACUGCUGCUGCGGCUUCGUCCGUUUCUCUCCCCGCUGCGAACUAUAAUGACCGAACUCGCGCCUAUUUGUCUUCGCCCUCUCCCUUUGCGCCUCACCCUUCCUCUAUCGUCGCCCCUGAUCAUAAUCGAAAUGUUAUGCAAAACAAUCGUUCGAAUAUGAUGUCCGGUGUGGAAUUCGGUGGCGCCGGAAUUAUGACGCCGGUUUCUGCGGUUCGCUCGCCGAUAGAUCCUCAGCAACAACAGGCAAUGGUCGGCGGCCCCAAUGCGACGCCUUUGGUUAACCUUACACCGCUCACGGCGGGAUCGAGGACAGGCAACUAUAUGAACGUCAAUCCAGCAAUGAACCAGGCACAGCAAACUGGCUCUGAGAAUGUCCAGGUCAUGAAUGUCCUGGAUGGUGCUCAAGGAAAUACAAGUUUGCUCAAUUUAGCCAUGGCGGAUACUGGCUACUUGGAAGGUAUUCCUGGUGGUAUGUUUGAUUGGGGUCAAUGGGAUACUUUCUUCUCCAGACUUAGUGGGAACGGACAAACUGGACACCUCGGAUUCCAACAGCCACAACAGCAAAAUCAACAACAGCAACAGCAACAGCAAGGGCAGCGACCUUCUGCUUGA